CAGGCCACUCGUCAACAGCAGGCACCCAAAAUACACGCUGCGUUCUAAAAGCAGCCGGCAGCGUGUAGUUCCAGACGAAGAUAAGCUUGGGCCGUGCGCACCGAUAACACUCUCCUUGCGUAUCUUAUCUCUGCGUCGCAACGCCGUCGCGGUCGUCCGCUUUCGUUUCCGACGAUGGCAGCAUCGGCUGCGCCCUGGGCGAAAGGCGCUAUGUUCCUCGUGUGGGUGCUGGUGGCGUGCCUCAACAGCAGCUGCUCGGACGCUCCCGAGCCAGCCAAGGAGCCGUCGUGGCCGGCGGUGCAGGCCCAGAGGACGUUGGGCGACUGCGUGCCUGCCGGCGAGUUGCAAGCACUUUGCCAGCGCUGUGCGAAGAUCACCAAAAGCUCCCAGGCCUACCGCAUGUGUUGCACCGAUGAUUCCGGGAAUAGCACCGAGUCUGGACGGAUUUACUGCAAACGCUUGCUUGAGCACACCGUGGGCAGCGUGGCCGACAUGACCGGCGGAAGGACUGUGACGCCGUUUCUCUGAGCACCGCCACUGCGUGGAGAAUGAAAUGGUUUCAAGCUUUGCCAGGGGGACGAUUUCUUUUUCUGUACAUGAAUGCACGCAGAUAUAAAAUGCCCUCGCGAUUAACAUUGUUACAGGAGACAUGAACAUGAGUAAACGUUUUUGAUGCGACAUCAUCCAUGUUGUGGAGCAGCGCACGAGCAUUUCAGAGCACCCUGAAACAAUCAUUCUGAAGGGGCAAUUGUGCGUGCGUAGUCGUUCUACGUAAUGUCUGCGCUUACGGAAAGUUCUAGCGAUCCCCCAAACGCAGCGUUGUGCGCAGAAACCAUCACGCUCAAGUUCUUGAGGAACUUCAAUUUUACAUCUCUUUGUCUUUCUCUCCGUCCUCCGUCUGCUCCUGCGCUAUUGAAACAACGCGGAUUAAUUUUACGUUGUGAUCUUUCGAGUCCACACGCCUCGUUCGUACUACUUGUGCGAUUCUUUCUGAGAUAAUCUUUUAUGAGCUGUUUAGAGCGCCUCAGCGAAAAUCCUUGCUGUGUUAACACAACAAUCUCUUUUAAAGCUAAAGCACAAAACCUAAUUUUACUGUACUGUAUGAUGAAAAUAAAAUAGCUUGGAGAUUAAUGAAAAAGUUCGAAAACACGCGGACACUUUGCUCUAACGUUCAUAAAACAAAAAUAAUGCAUAACCAGCGCUCAUUAUGGAAUUUAUAUAAAGCGAUGUGUUAGAGAGACAGUCAUUCAAGUGCGACAAAGUUGCUCAUUUCAUGUCUGGUUCUUUGGCGUUAAGAAAACUCUCACGUGUACAUGCUCACACGCACCUCUGCUACGCUAUCUGGCGCACGUGGCGACAACAUUGAAGUCCUAGUUGGCGUUGCCACUUGAGAAGUAUACUUGCGAUAUGGGUUAAGGCAUUCAGCAUGUCUGUGCGGGGAAGUGAGGUUUCAUCCUUCUAUCGGACGCGCAAUUCAAUUGCUUUUCGAGGUGCGAGCUAUUUGCGUAGACACCAUUUGGUACCGCACGGCCAGGAAAGUUCCGGACAGUCCGUAAAGAAAGCUUUAGCUUAUUUCAAACACAAAACGACGUUUUUAGAGUUCUCUUGGGUUUUUAAUAAUCUUAGUCAGAAGUAGCAAGAGCAUUUAUACGGAAUAGGACACGCUCACGACACAAGCAAUGUGGUCAUUACUAGACUGCGCUGGAGACCUUAAUUAAUAAAGAAAUUGUAAAUAAAUAAUUGGACGUUUAAAA